UCUAUCUCUUGUCACAGUGCAUGCACACGACUCUUGUCACAGUGCAAAUCUAGCUCUCCACUGGCAGAGUGGCAGUACAUUGAAGACAGCAAGUCUAGCUCCAAGUUGAAGGGCGCCGCGAACAAACAAAUAAAUGGCUGGAGGUGGGACUGUGCAGCUGUGGACCGAUUCAGGGAUCCAAAUCGUGGUCGUCCUGAGCUUCACAUUUCAAGUUUUCCUCUUCUUCUUUGCUGGGAUCCGUCGGCGUAAUGCCUCUGCUGUGCUCAAUCUCCUCCUGUGGUUGGUGUACCUUCUUGCUGACUCCACGGCGAUCUACGCCCUCGGUCACAUGUCGUACACCAGUCCAUCAGGGAAGCACCAGCUCGUGGCGUUCUGGGCACCGCUCCUGCUGGUGCAUUUGGGUGGUCCAGACAGCAUUACGGCCUACGCAGUUGAGGACAGCCGGCUCUGGCUUCGGCACCUGCUCACGCUUGUCGUGCAAACUCUGGGAGCUGGAUAUGUCCUCUACACAUAUGUUGCCAGUGCCAGUAGUACUGGGAGUUUGAUUCUUGCAGCCUCCGUCUUGAUGUUCACCGUUGGUGUCCUCAAGUAUGGUGAGAGGACAUGGGCGCUGAGAUGUGGCACCACGGGCGGGAUCAAAAGUAUUCGCGGACUUAUUCAAUAUUCAGAUUCUAAUUCUUCUAUGAAAGAGGCUGUGAAGAAAAAAUUGCGAAAUCAGAAAGAGGAUAAUGAGGAGGAACUUCUCAUUUUAGCUCAUCUCUUACUUAGUAGAUGCGUUGACGCCUUUGCUGUUUACCCUGGAUGGACUCCGCAUGGCACUUCUGAUUUGUAUCCUCUACAAGGGGAUGAUAUGUACAAGUUGAUUCAGAUGCAGUUAUCCCUGAUGUACGACAUCAUGUACACAAAGGCUUGGGUGAUCCACACCUGGUGCGGCUACUGCAUCCGUGCUGUUUCUUUUGUCGCAACACUCGCUUCCAUGUUUCUCUUCUCAAUCAGCAACAAAAAUGGUUACACUAGAAUUGAUGUUGAUAUCACCUAUUUUUUAUUAGUUGGGGCUGUGGUCUUGGAGAUCAUGUCGGUGGUGGCAACUAUAGGUUCUACAUGGAUGUGUGCCUGGCUAUGCAGCUUCGAAAGGACCACUAUGCUUGGAACUGGGCUCAAAUUCCUUCGCCGCCUAGUCGGCGCAACAAGCAAGAGAAGGUGGUCGAGCUCCAUUGGGCAGUAUAAUCUGUUUCACUUUUGCACCCGCGACAACACUGAGUUAGGCAGCAGAGCAACAUACAAGUUGGGUCUCCAGAAUUGGUGGAAUAGAGUGCAUUUCGUGUGCACCGCCGAUUUCUCAAAUACACAUAUUCAAGGACUGUUGUUGAAAAACAUGAUCAAAUUAAGCCCUUCGCACUCAACAUGCAUCCAAAUACUGGAGAGCAACGGGUUAAGCAAGGAAGAAGCUGGAUGGAGUCACUGGAGUUUAAACCUGGACUUUGGAAAAAGCAUCCUCAUCUGGCAUCUUGCAACUGAUAUCUACCUUAUUAGAUCCAAGGAGAUUGGAAAUCAAGGAGAUCUAGCUAAAGCAGUCAGGAUGCUGUCCAAUUACAUGAUGUUCCUGCUAGUGACGAAGCCUGACAUGCUACCUGGCUUUGUUGAAGAAAGCUGGCACAAUGAAACCCGCUGUCGCUUGGAGCGACAGUGGUAUAAUAACCGAAGAAAUACAGAAUUUCCCCCCAAAAAAUGGUUGAAGAAACUAUUCCACAACGAUGGACCCGAUGGUUCCAGGAAUCCACAGAUAGAGCAGCUUGCUUCGACUCUUCGCAGCGGCUUCCUCAGUGAUCACGACGGAAAGUGGGAGUACACCCCGCCUGAAAACAGAAAAGCAGGUUCAACUCGUUAUGAGGCUGCUAAUGUGCAUGCAAAAGAACAUGCUGCGGAGCUUCUCCAUCUGGAGUCGAGGAAGCCUGACUUGUUGGAAGUAAUUUUUGGGUUGUGGUUGGAAAGGUUGGUCUAUGCUGCCCACCGUUGCGGCCCCGAAUCCCAUGCUCGUCAGCUUACUAAGGGCGGCGAAUUUAUUACUGUGGUGUGGGUUCUCAGUCGACACUUCGGUUCUUCGCGUCGUCGCGAUUGAUGCUGCCGGCUUCCAGUGGAGGUCUCAUCCCUAGGUAUCACACGAAACAUCCUAUCCUAGCACUGAAGUACUAGGAAAGAGCACAUAAUUGUCUGGAUUUUUUUAACGUAGAAUUAUCUGAUUCGUGUGUGGUAUUCUGUACUGUAAUAAGAUCGAAACACCGUGGAUUAUGCUUCCAUUGGUUCUACGGUUUCUCCCAAUGCUGGAUUAUGCUUAUGUCAGGCCAAUCUUGAAUUUAGUUCAAUUAGAUCAUCUCCAGUACUAG